GGCGGGGCAGCCUCGGACCCGCCCCGGCAGGGGGGGGGGGGUUCCGCUAAGCCCACGUCGCGCUGGCGCUGCCCGGCCCGGGAGGCGGUUCCGGGGCGCUCCCCUUGCCGCGCAGCCAUGAGCUUCAAUCGCACGGAGAGCGACUGGCAGGGGCUGGUGGGCGAGUAUCUGGUAUGUAAAAGAAAGCUAGAAAGUAAAAAGGAAGCGUUGCUGAUACUUUCCAAGGAACUGGACACAUGUCAACAGGAAAGAGACCAGUACAAACUUAUGGCCAAUCAGCUGCGGGAACGACACCAGUCACUGAAAAAGAAAUACCAGGAGCUGAUUGAUGGGGAUCCCUGUCUUCCUCCUGAAAAAAGGAAACAGGCUAAUCUUGCCCAACUAUUGAGUGAUUCUCGGGAUCGAAAUAAGCAUCUGGGAGAAGAAAUUAAAGAACUGCAGCAAAGAUUGGGAGAAGUACAAGGAGACAACAAGCUCCUUAGAAUGACAAUAGCAAAACAAAGACUUGGAGAUGAAGAAGUUGGGACACGCCACUUUGCAGCACAUGAGCGUGAAGACCUUGUUCAGCAGCUGGAGAAAGCACGAGAACAAGUAAUAACUAAUGGGCGUUCAGUGAGAGAUUUUCACUGCUGGCAAAAGAACAAUGGUGUCUUCAGUGAUAUUACUGACAACAAUUAUAGGGAGCAUCAUAAAUUAAAAUAUUGCUUGGUCAAGAUUGAGACUCUGGAACAUGAUCUUCAAGCCGCAUUGGAUGAGCUACAGGAUGUAAAGGAAGAACGCUCUUCUUAUCAAGAUAAAGCAGACCGACUCAACCAAGAGCUUAAUCACAUUCUGGGAGGACAUGAAAAUCGCAUCAUUGAUGUAGAUGCCCUGUGUAUGGAAAACAGAUACCUUCAAGAGAGAUUAAAGCAACUUCAAGAGGAGGUCAACCUUCUUAAGUCUAAUAUUGCUAAGUACAAGAAUGCUCUAGAGAGACGGAAAAAUUCAAAGAUUCACAGUAGAUCUGGCAGCAGUGCACUGACUGGAGUCCUUUCUGCAAAGCAAGUCCAAGAGUUGUUAUCGGAGGAUCAUGGUUGUAGCCUACCAGCCACGCCGCAGUCCAUUUCAGAUCUUAAAUCUUUGGCUACUGCCUUGCUGGAGACUAUCCAUGAGAAAAACAUGGUCAUACAACACCAAAGGCAAACCAACAAAAUUCUAGGUAAUCGGGUGGCAGAAUUGGAGAAGAAGUUGAGAACUUUGGAAAUUUCUGGUUUGUGGAGUCUUCCAGGUGGAAAAGAUACCAUAACAUUCAGUGACCCAACCCUGCCUGUUCUACAGAGGUCAAGAUCGCCAUUGCUAACAUUUGCUGACAAGCCACAACAGAAUCAAGCACAGAGGCAUGAAGCAAAACAGAAGGGAAAACCAGAUGAAAUUUAUGGUGUUUCAACAGAGUUGACAGUUCCAGAGGAAGCUGCUAAGGUCUACAACAAUUCCCAAGCAAACAUAAAUAACAGUAACCAAAUUAAGCCUUUUCAUCCCUCAUUAGCUCAGUUUCCUUCUGAGGAGGAAGAAAUAAACAGUCUUGGAAGUGAAAUAAUUAAAUUGACAGAAGAACAGGCAGCUGCAGAACUGGAAGGGAGCAGAAGAAAAAGUCUACUGGAGGGCCAGAGUACAAUGGACCAAUCAGAACUUAGCAGCUCAUCCAAGGAAGAGUCCCCCUUGUCCAGCCCUGACCCAUUUGACCCUGCGGAGACAUCAAACUCCAGGAAUGAGCAUGCAGCUGAAAAUUGGGUCCUGAAAGACCAUGAGGAAACCUCAGAGAAUGACUAUGAAAAUGUAAAUAAGAGAGAGGGUGGAAAUGGCAACACACUGGACGCUGAAGACACAGAAGGAUGUGGAGAACUAACUGUUUCAACAUCUGACUUAAGCAACAUCUCCAGUAAUCCCCCUGAACCUGAGUGUGACAAAUCAUCUGAUCCUGCUGAAUGCUCUGAAUAUUUGAAUAACAGCAUCGCUUGUGGUAUGAAAUCCAAGAUCUCAAGCUUCUCCCUGUCAUCCUCUUACAGUGGAAGCUGUGCUGCUGUGAAUACGGAUAGUCACUGAAUUAAUCUGCCAUAGAAUUGGGUUAUUUACAUUGGUCUGUCAGCAUUUGUCCAUUAAAAAGAUGUUUUUCUAUUAACAUUGACUGUGCUUAACCAAAAUAAUGUAAAUAUAUAAAAUGGAUAGAACUUGAAAAUGAUGAGGGGCAGGGUUAACGAUAGCUCUGGUGUUUACAGUGAUUGAAGUUUCUAGAGAGACUGACAUAACUGAGAAAAAUGGGGCCAGGAGAUUCACCAUUAUCCUUUAUCAUGUCAAGUCCUAGCUGGGUCUUCAUAGCAUAUAUGUUCUUGUCCAAUGCACAAUGCCUACUGGUAUGUAUUUUAAGGGUUUCAAAUGGCUAUUUUCAGCAGAUGAAAAAUUUGAAAUGAUAAACUAAAAAGGAUCUAAAGGUAACAGGCUUUUGUUUAUUUUUCUAAACUUGCGUGUUCUCUGUGUGUAUUUUCUGAGAAUGCAUAUUUAGAAUAGCAGCUUUUGAUCCCUACUGAAAAGCAAAAUGGUUUUGAAAAGUAGCCCCUGCGCAUGAAGUUUCCAUCUCUUAAACCUCCAUAUCUCCUCUACAUUCCUCUGAAGUUUUCCUUCCUCCACUUGCCCCAAGAAAACAGGGGGGACUUAUGUCUCAAAGUAUUAAGGCCCCAUUCCAACUGAAGCUCUUAAAACUGCUCUAGUAGAGGGAAGUAAAAAAUCAUCCUAGGGGACAUAGCAGAGCUGCCUAGGGGAGGAGUGUGUGUGUGUGUGUGUGUGUGUGUGUGUGUGUAGGCCAGCUUCCUAUUGUGUGCUGCUAGUGCCAAUUCAUGGGACUGUGUUUCUCCACCUUGGCCUGGAGUCACCUGUGUGGCCCCUGCUGGGAGACUGAGUGGAUCUAAGCCUAGCUCCACUUUUAUUAGGUAUAAAACAAAAAUGUGAAUGUGGAAACUCUUCCUUUCUUCUCCCAGCUCACCAGUCUUUUGGAUAGUGGUGGGGUUAUUCUUUGGGCCCCAGUUGCCCCUUUAAAAUUCUUCCCAAGAUGAUACAUAGUCAGCAAGAAAAAUCUGGUGUUAGAGUGGGGGCCGUGCAGAGAAAGUCCCGAUCUCUCGAGUGAUGGAGUUGUGCCACGCUGCUCCCGGGAAGGCAGCAGCAAGGGAAUACUUAAUGUUGGAGUUCACAGCUGUUAGAUCUGGGGAGGCACUUCCUCUCCUCCUUUUAGAAUAGGGAACAGUCUCUGCAGCUGUGGAGCUUCUAUGGGCCAGCAGCCGUGGAGGCAAUUUUUCUGCUGGCUUGGGAUCUAAUUGUCUGUAAAUGUUCAUUUCUCACUCCUAGAACUUGAAACCAAUCAGAGAGAAUUAAACCAAAUUUAAUAAACUACUACUAAUAAAAAGGAGAAUCCCUCCCAGAUUGAGCCUUUGUUUGACAAAUAUCUGCCAGCUGCAGAUUUUUACAGCCCACUUGUCAGCUACUAAAAAACAGGGUUUGUAUUAGCAGCACUGACAAACUCGUCUCUAUAUGGAUACUGAACUAGCAGGUGCUGCCAUAAUCAAAGGUGUUUUGAUUCCAUGAACAGUUCGUGCUUGGCAGAAGAAAGAAUAUAUGUAAUGGUUACAUCUGAAUAUAAUGAAUGAUGGAAGGCUGAAAAAUGUGACCUGCCUCUUGUUUUUGUGCAUUCCCCUAAGAGGGGCAUGCAUGUAACCCUUUCUCUGCUGUCUGUCUGCUCUUUUCUUGCUGUGUGCAGGCAAUAAAGGAAUACUUGUAUCACUGCUCUAAAA